AUGAAGCUCAAGGAGGUUCUCUUCCGCAACAAGGGCACUGGAGUGUUCUUACUCGACUUCAGCGUUUUCGCCAGAUUCAACGAGGAGACUCUAUCAGUCAUGAGAAAAGUGUACUUUGGUGACGAAGCGGGCGUUGGAGAUGCCACAGGAAUCCCAAAAGGUAUCGUGGCCAAUGUGCCGUUUGAUGUGAGCAUGGAUGCAGCUCUGGCAGAGAUGGAAAUGGUGAUCUAUCAGGUCGCGGAAACUGCCAUGCAGGCAUCCAACAUAAAGCCAUCAGAGGUUGACAUCCUGAUCACGGCGACAGACACCUAUGUACCGGUACCAUCCAUGUCGGCCAUGAUCGCCAACCGCUUUGGCAUGCGCACCGACCUGCGCACCUACAGCCUGGCCGGCCACGCCUGCACCUCAGGUGUCAUUGCUGUCGAGCUCGCCCAGCAACUCCUCAAGGCGCGUGCGGCCAAGGGGAAGGUGGCUCUGGUCGUGCUGCACGAAAGCUGCACUGCCGGAUUCUCUGGCAGCAAUGACAAGGCAUGCGCGGCGGCCAACGUUCUCUUCCGCCUCAACGGAGCCGCCCUCGUCCUCUCCAACAGGUCCAAGGAUAGGCGGCGGGCCAAGUACGAGCUGAUGCACACAGAGCGCACACUGCUGGCGACCGACAAGGCUUUCAACAGCAUCAAGGUCCGGCAGGCAUCCGACGGCGAGACGGGGGUCUUCCUGCACAAGGAAGACCUCCUUGCAGCGGCCGGCAAGACCAUCAAGCUGACACUGACCAAGCUGGCCCCCCGCAUUCUCCCCCUCUCUGAGCUGUUUCGGGCCGCAUGGAACAAGGAUUACAAGCCGGAUCUGGCGAGGGCAUUCGAUCACAUUCUCAUCCACACCGGCGCAGCUGCCGUAAUAACAGCAGUUGUCAAGGGGCUGCAAUUGGAUCCCAAGGCGGCCGUGCCAUCUUCAGAGGCCCUGGAACGCUUUGGCAACACCACCAUGUGCUCCACUUACUACAUCCUUGCCAACAUCGAGUCUCAGGGAGGUAUCAAGAAAGGAGACAGAAUUCUGCAGCUGGGAUUUGGGUCGGGAUUCAAGUGCGGUGCUGCCUUCUGGCGCGCUCGGCGCACCGUCAAGGACGCCAAGCACAAAGCCUGGGAGCCUUACACAUGA